AGCCCCGGACGAUCGGCGUGCGUGCGUGCACGACUGACUUGCUGGCUGGCGGACGGCGUGAGCCCUGCGGGUCUCAGUCGGCGUGGACACCUGCGACCCGCAGAGGGGACUUGGCUCGGCUUUGGUCCCUUACCUUUCCUGGAGCCGACUGCGCGUGAGGACCGUGUCUCUUGCGAGGCUGAAACCCGGAGAUGGCCAGAGCCACCUGUUAAACCUGAAUUCUGCGCGAAUCUUUCCGCAGGUUUUCCGUGCCCCCGCCGGUUCCCCGCAGAUCUGUUCGUUUGAGAUAAGAGGUAAAGCAGAUCACCACCACGGCCAGUCUAACCAGGUGUUAUGAAUACUCCUAUAAACAAACUCCACGGCUGAAAAUGUCAGAACACCUCCCCUGCCUCAGAAUGGGACCCUGGCUCCUACCCUGUUUCCUGUGAGCUAGCCAGGGACAGCUUUGUGUGGGGAUGCCUGGGAACCAGCAGAAACCAGAGUCUUUGGAGAUGGACUCUGACAUGUCGCCCAGCUGCAGGCUCAGCGACUUGAGCAGAGGCGGCAGUCUGGAGAGCCGGAGCAGCAGCUCUCGGUCCAGAAGUUUCACUAUGGAUGACGAGAGCCUGAAGCACCUCACACAUGAGGAAAAGGAUGUCAUCCUGUUCUUUGAAGAGACUCUCGAUUCCCUGGAAUAUGACUUUGAUGAGCCAGCCCUGUGUGACAGUGGCAUUCACUGCCACUCUCCACAGUCUCUGGAGGAGAGCCCUUCCAGUCACUCAGAGCCCGAAGAUGUCAUCGAUUUAGUACAGCCAGCACCUGCGUCUGGGGAAGCUGAGAGCCUUCCAGGUGUGCCUCAAGUAGCAGGGGCCCCAUCUGUUGCAAAACAAAGCACGCCAUUUCUUGAAGGUGGGAAACAAGCCGCUGAGAAUUCCCUGCCCCCACCAGACUCCAGGAGUCCCGAGGUGCUUCCUCUGCCACCCUCCCUACUAGUCCCUGCUCCCUCUGCCCCACGAAAGGAGCCGAUGUCCCCCUCUCCUCCAGCAGAGCAUCCCAAACUGCCCCGUUCCGUGCCCACUCCUCUGGUGAUUGCUCAGAAAAUUUCUGAGAAGUUGGCAGGAAAUGAAGCCCUGUCCCCCACAUCCCCCUCAAAAGAAGGCAGGCCUGGGGAAUGGAGGACGCCGACUUCUCUAGCCUCUCGAAACGGGGACCAUGUCGGCGUGUGGCACCGACACACGGCCCAGCCAGCACCCAAGGUCCAUCGCUUCCCCAGCAACAUAAGCGUGACCAACAGCGCGGGCAAGGACUUCAACAAGACCAUCUCCAAGGCGGCUGUCAAUGUGCAGGAGCGCAAGGCCCAGGUCCUGGCCAAUAUCAAUGGCAUGUCCUUCAUUGCUGCGGGUGACACAUCAUCGGAAGAGCGGUGGCAGAAGGCGGAGGAGCAGAAGAAUGGCUCUGUAGAUGGAGCACGCACCCUGGGUAGAGCAGGCAUGGCCGGCGAGCCUGGGGCUCUGCGUGCAGGAGUCCCGGCCAGAGCGCAGCAGUCCCGGGCUGUGCAGACGGAGCAGCCUCCGGCGCUGGCCAAUGGCUUCCAGAGCGUGCACGAGGCCCUGCGUAGCGAGCCCAGCUCCUUCGUCCCCACCAGCAAGACCAUCACCUUCCGGCCAGACCCCGCUGUGACCGGCAAGCUGGCGCGCCAGAACGCCAGCCGCAGCUUGUACGAACCGCGCCCGGACGGCAGCCAGGAUGCCCGCAAGCGCACGGGCUCGCUCCCCCGGGCGGUGGGCUUCCGGCCGCAGGGCAUCACAGUGCAGUUCAACGGCCGUGGCUCCACCGAGGAAGCUCGGCGCGAGGCUCUGCGCAAACUCGGCCUACUGAAGGAGAACUUGUGA